GAGGCGGAAGUGGAAGCGGCAGCUGAGGUAACAUCGGAGGGUCUUUCCAAUUGAGGUGAAAAAUUAAUUGAAGCUGGUGGCAGUUUGGACCUUGGCCCGCAAUCAGUUAAUUUAUUUUUUUUUAACAGGAGUGGUGUGAUGUCAUGGCAACUGCCAGUUCUAGUGUUACUGGAAGUGAUCAAGCACUGGAAAAGUCACAAUUGAACUUAAAAAUUUUAAAAGCUAAACUGAGAGUCCCAAAACCAACCAGAAUUAGUUGCUACAUUGAGGUGACAGUUGAUGCUCUGCAUGAUGAAGCCAAGAAGACGGGAAAGCGAAAUGGCAACCCUCAUCCACAGUGGAACGAGACAUUGACUUUGAAUGUAACACCACAGAGCUGGUUGGAGUUGAAAGUGUGGAACAGUCAUACCAUGAAAAAUGAAUUAUUUGGCAAUGUGUCGAUCGAUGUCUGUGACGUUUUAAAGAAGAACAAUGGAAAGUUGGAGAACAUUCAGCUAAAUUUGAACCUUCAAAUGGGGAACAAAAGUAGUGUUGUAUGCAGCGGUGAAUUGACUGUUUGCCUGGAUGGCCUUAGUGUUGACUUGGGAAAUUUGCCUAAUGGCACAACCAUGACAGAAAAAUUCCAACAAAAUAGUAGAAUUCAUCAGAGCACAAGUGAAGACAAUGAUUCAAAAUCGUCACUGUCAUGUACCAGUGAUUCUCCAGACAGAUUACGGGCUUCUGCUGGUACUGUGCAAGGUAAUGUAGUUAUUGGGGAUAACGCAGUGAAUGGGGUAGAUAAUGACGAUAAACAAAAACAUGCAUCCAGGAUACCUUCACAUCUCUUGAGCCAAAGCGGAAUAGUGAAUGGCGGGAUUACUUCAAACGAAAGUGACAAUAGCAACCGGAAUAAUGUAUCAAAUCCUGCAACCACUCCAGCCAUUACACUUCCCACUGCUGAAGCAUUUCCCUCAGCCUCAGUCACCAGUUCUUCAACCACUAGCACAACAAGUUCCAUGAGUUCAUCUGCUGUGGGGCAGAUGGCAGAAGAAGGUUCUGCCCUGACAGAACUGUCUCAGGCACUAGUCCAAAACCUGGAAGCGCUACCUCCUGGUACCUUAUCUCAGAAGUGUUGUGGAACAUCCAGAUGGUCUUUUGCAAACUUGAGAUGGGAACAGCGAGUGCUUCCUACUGGAAGAGUAUAUUAUGUGGACCACAACACCAAAACCACCACAUGGGAGAGACCUCUGCCUCCAGGCUGGGAAAAGCGAGUAGAUCAACGUGGCAGAUUUUAUUAUGUGGACCACAACACCAGGACAACAACGUGGCAACGUCCAACAGCUGAAUCUGUUCGAAAUUUCGAGCAAUGGCAAUCCCAAAGAAAUCAAUUGCAGGGAGCUAUGCAACAUUUCAACCAAAGGUUUUUAUACCAACCUUCUGGAGUCUGUACUGACAAUGAUGCUCUUGGUUCACUGCCUGCUGGUUGGGAGAAACGCCAAGAUAAUGGACGAGUCUAUUUUGUUAACCACAAUACAAGGACAACCCAGUGGGAGGAUCCAAGAACUCAAGGGAUGAUCCAAGAAUCCCCAUUGCCUCCUGGCUGGGAGAUGAAAUACACAAAUGAAGGGGUUCGAUAUUUUGUGGACCAUAACUCUCGUUCCACCACCUUUAAAGAUCCUCGAACCGGAUUUGAUUCCACCUCCAGUGCAAGAAGUGGCUCUCCAGCAGCCUACGACCGAAGCUUUCGAUGGAAAUAUCACCAAUUCCGCUUUCUCUGCCAUUCUAAUGCAUUACCAAGUCAUGUUAAAAUCAGUGUCUCCAGGCAAACUUUAUUUGAGGAUUCCUUUCAACAGAUAAUGAAUAUGAAGCCAUAUGACUUACGCCGACGAUUGUACAUAAUAAUGCGUGGAGAGGAGGGUUUGGAUUAUGGAGGUAUAGCAAGAGAAUGGUUUUUCCUGCUUUCCCAUGAAGUUCUCAAUCCAAUGUACUGCUUGUUUGAAUAUGCUGGAAAAAACAACUACUGUUUGCAGAUAAACCCUGCAUCAUCAAUUAAUCCAGAUCACCUGACCUAUUUCCGUUUUAUUGGGAGGUUUAUAGCAAUGGCACUUUACCAUGGUAAAUUUAUUGAUACAGGAUUCACCUUGCCAUUUUAUAAAAGGAUGUUGAAUAAAAAUCCCACCAUGAAAGACUUGGAAUCAAUUGAUCCAGAAUUCUACAACUCUCUGCUGUGGAUCAAGGAAAACAAUAUAGAAGAGUGCGGCUUAGAACUGUAUUUUGCACAGGAUAUGGAAAUAUUGGGGAAAGUAACAACUCAUGAGCUGAAGAAAGAUGGAGAAAAUAUUCUGGUCAUUGAAGAGAAUAAGGAGGAGUAUAUGAGGUUGCUGACCGACUGGAGAUUCACCCGUGGAGUUGAGGAACAAACCAAAGCUUUCUUGGAUGGUUUCAAUGAGGUGGUGCCUUUAGAAUGGCUGCGGUAUUUUGAUGAAAAGGAACUAGAGUUAAUGCUAUGUGGAAUGCAAGAAAUUGACUUAACUGACUGGCAGAAGAACACCAUCUAUCGCCAUUACACGAAGAAUAGCAAGUCAAUCCAGUGGUUCUGGCAGGUUGUAAAAGACAUGGACAAUGAGAAAAGGAUCAGAUUGUUGCAGUUUGUCACUGGCACAUGUCGCCUGCCGGUUGGGGGCUUUGCUGAGUUAAUAGGGAGCAAUGGGCCUCAAAAAUUCUGCAUCGAUAAGGUUGGGAAGGAUAGUUGGCUUCCAAGAAGUCACACUUGUUUCAAUCGUCUAGACCUCCCCCCUUACAAGAGUUAUGAGCAACUAAAGGAGAAGUUACUAUAUGCUAUUGAAGAAACAGAAGGCUUUGGUCAAGAGUAAUAAAUUCUUGCAGCUUCAGAGGAAACAUUGAAUAAGGAAGCCUCAUUGGACAUUCAGAAGACCAUGAAGGACAUAUUGACUUUACUUCCAUAUCUCCCCUUAACUGAUCUUCAAUUUUUUUUUCAUUUGUUAGCACUCAGUAGGUGUAAUGAAUAACAUAUAACAUUGCAUUCAUAAUUGAAAUACAUGGUCUUUUCUCUGGAUCUAUCAUAGGCUUCUGAUAAAUGAACUGCGACUUGUUUUCCAUUACAGCUCAACAAAGCUCUUCCACCUCUGUCUGUUUCUGGCAAGUCUUUCAAGGUUUCCCCAGCUUUGCAUCAGGUUUUUCAACUAGAUUCUACAACUUGCAGCACAUUGCUCUUGGGUGGCUUCAUUUCCCUGGUUUUUUGGGUGCUCAUCUUUUGCUAUUCUAAUGUGGAAUCAUCUUUCUUCUGAAGCACAUAGCCCAAUAAUUCACAGUUCCCUCAGUGACUAUGGUCCUUUUGACAUCUUGGCUGCACUGUAAAAUCAGGUCUUGGUUAAUAUUGUACUGGGCCAAAAGGUAUGGAGGCAGGCUCUGCAAACGGGUCAGUUUGGACAUGUAAGACUCCAUUAUUCCCCAGCACUCUGCCCCACAGAGAAGUACUCAUUUGUAAUGGGUGUUAUAGUUUGAUGCUCUUCAGACUGCAUUUGAGCUUUUGAAGAUAUUCCCAAUACUUUUGUUAUCUUUCUAGAAUAUCUUUGCUUGUUCCACACUCCUGUCGGAUGGUGCUGUCCAAGUAUGUGAAUGUUUCUGAAUUACAAGUAACAAUUCCACAUCCAUACUGAUAAUGGUGAAUCAUUCUAAAGGUCGUAAUAUCUUUUACUCAGUUAAUUUUUAGACUAAUUUGCUGGUUGAAUGUAAGUUGUUUCUUUCAUGCAUGUGCUGUUGGGCAUGUGAAGGGACAGUGAGGUGGAGAUUUCGAGGAAUGUGAACGAUGUGUUGGCGCGUGGGCAAGUGGUUAAGGCUUUGGGCUGGCGAUCUGAAGGUCGUUAGUUCAAGCCUCAGCCGAGGCAGUGUGUGUGUGUCCUUGAGCAAGGCACUUAACCACACACUGCUCCUGCACAUUUAUAGCCCAUUGGCGGCGGUUGGUGCAGUAUGGACAAGACAAGACAAAACUGUAUCUCUUGACAUAUCUUCUUGUUGUAUAUCGCUCUGCACUGGCAGUAUUGAGGACACAUGGCCUAAUUUAAUUUCAAAGCUGAUCAGCACUUCAUGCGAAGUUAACUUAGAUAUUUUGAUUAUACAAGCAAGGAUCCCAUCUACCCUGGUCAACACAGUAGUCCUGUAAACCUUGUUAAAGUAUUCUCAAAGUCUGUGGAAUCUAUGCAGGGAUGCUGUUGCUAUCUGAGCUUAGUUCUAUUAUAUUUUGUAGAUUAAUGAUAAUGGUCUUUCUAAAAACUGGCUCAUUCUCUACUGGAUACCAAUUACUUCUGACGUGUGCUGGAAUGUGAUCUUACACAUUGUCUUGCUAGGCACAGAUGAAAGUGUAAUAUCAUACUGGUUAAUGUAAACAUUUCCUUCUUAAUCCCAUUGGUACACUCAUUUGCACCUUUUCAGUUUUUCAGACCAGUGUUUGAAAACUGGACCAAGGGGCAGGUACUACUUAUUAAGGAUUUAUUUAGAGCAAUUUACUAACUGUAUCAGAAGCUUUCCCAUUUUUUUUUAAAGAAUGCGUUAUCGCAAUGUGCCCUUUUCUAUUGCUGAGGAGUGUCAUUUGCUGCUUGCCACUGAUAAAACAUUGAGACAGCAGAUGGUUUCAUGUUUGGUACCAAUAGCUAUGUGCACAGUUUGUGUUGCCAGGCUAUCAAUAUAGGUUUCUUUCUCCACUGUUACUAGGUGUUUGAUUCCUCAAUGUGCCUUGCUGUACUGCUCAAUGAACUUGAUCUUUAACCUGUGGGAUUUUAUGUCAAGAACCUUUCCCUUCAGGGCUCGUACUUGGUGAAACCUACUCUUCUGUUUGCAGUCUGACCAGGCUUUGCUGAUCAUUGAUACUUUGUGCCAUUUCUCAAUACUUUCCUGCCUCUUCAUCAUGGACUGCACGCUGCUAAAAGCUGUUCUUUUACAGCAGUAUGAAGGCUUUUCUAUUUCUGGGAACAUUAGUUUGUUGACAUCAUAAUGUUGUGUACAGUAGUCUAGAAUUUCAUGGUACAGAAACAGUGUUCAUCGCUCCCACUCCCCCAUCUUUGCUUCUGCUGUUCUUACCAACCUUAACAAGUUUUAGGUCAGGCAAGGCACUCUUGGUAAAUUAAUGUGACAGAAUUUGUCGUUUGCUUCUUUGAAAUGUUGUCUAUCAUCCCAUCAGGUAUGCAGCAGAAUUUCUCCCAAUGCUGUUGUUAACCUUCCUGAUCUCGUUAUGUAUUGUCACCAACACCUUAGGUGAGAUUUCUCAUCUGCCAUCUUUCCUGUUUUGGACAUUAUCCAUAUUUUCCUAAAAAAAAACAAUUGCCUCUUUUUUUUCUGGAUGCCAAGUGUCUUCAUGCAAAUGGUUUCCUUUUUACUUUUAUCCCUGGCAUUCACAUAAAUUUUUGAUCAUUGCACAACCCUGAAGGACCAAGGUGUUGGUUUGUCUGGACUACCUUCAAAGCAAAUAGGCACAGUUUAAUCUUCCAGAGACAACAAACAUCUUGCUGACAUAGACCAUGGGGAUUAUUAGGGACAUGCCAUAGCAGGGCAUAGAAACCAGAGAUGACUUCUUUAAGCAUGUUUCUCUUUUAGUAGGUAAUGUCACAUUAAUAUAUUAAUUGAGUUUUCAACAAGUCCACAGAGACUUAGUGGAUAAUGUCCAAAUUAUGAAAAAUAGUCUAGAACUCAAGCAGAUGUGUGAAUAAUAAACUGUUUAUCACAAGAAUGAAUGUAAAGCAUUUCUUCAGAAUCAACAAUAAUUACAAUUGUGAUGUUUCUAUUUUUUUAGUUAAUUUGUAUAUUUUUUAAAGUAAGUACUUAUAACUAUGAGACAAUGUGCAGAAUAAAUUACAGAUUUGUAAUUUGCUUUGACACACAAGGAUGAUUCAUGAAGACCAGCAGCAGAUGUUAUACUUCUGACACAGUGCUUAGAAACUUUUACAAGCAUACAAGCAAUUAUUCAACAUUGUUGCCUUUUAAAAAUACAUCUAUUACAUUUUAUUACAGCAGCAGCUUGUAGAACUUGAUAGACAUUUUCUCUCAAUAUUCCACUAAUUAGUAGAAAUACAUUGUUUUUAUUUUCAGCAAUGAAUUGUGAGACUUCAUUACAGGUGAAGGUUAAUUUAAUAAACCAUAUCAUGAAAUUGUUUAUUGGGCAAUCAAAUUUUGAAAUCAUGGCUUUUCAAAGUUAUAUUUCAUUAGAAGUGGUAGAUGUGGUGACAGAAGAGGAUUACUGAGAUCAAUUUAAGACUCAUACUUAAUGACAUUCUCAAUGUUUAGUCUGCAUUUCUAACCAUGUGAGAAGUGUGAUGGCUGUGGCAUCUAAAGAUAAAACUGAGUAAAUUUUUAUUUCUAAUUUUUCCAAACUUACUGUGUUUUGUUAAUAUAUUAUUAAAAAUUAGCCAAUAAAAGACUGGCUUAGUUUUACCUUUUGGCUCAGCUCUGCUAGAUUAACUUUGCACUCUUUAGUAAAAAAAAAUUCUGUAUUUUAAUUAAAUCUAUUGUAUAAUCAAAUAAAGCAAAACAAAAUCUCUUGUAAAACAACUAUUUUUAUCAAAAUAGAGAAACUAUAGUGUAAAAAAAGUGUAUAUUUGUUUUCCUGAAAUAAUAGUAAAGAUCAUUAAAGUUUUAUGAAUGUAAUUGUUGAUGUAUGUUCCAAAUAUGUGGUCAAUGUUUUGUGCUAUUUUUAGCUAUACAUGAAUGAAGUGUGGUGCAAGGGUCACUAUGCUGAGCCUGUAUAUUAGUUAAUUACUGACUUUCAGGAAACAAUGAUUUCUGAUUUGAGGUUUACACAAUAUCUCUAGCUUUUGAAUUGCUGUUGUUGUAUAAGUUUGAAUUUUAAGCGAAAAUUGUAAUUAAUUAUUUUUGAAUCAAAAUAAAUUGAUCAUUGAUUUAAAAUGAAGCUUUUUAAAAUUAUAAAUGAUAAUAGUAUUGAUUUGAAAUAUUGCAAAGUAAAAUCAGUUUUUGAGGAAAAAUUGCAAUUUUGUCUAAUAAAAUAAAGAUUUGAACAUUG